AUGGUGGCAUCUGCUGCCAUCUCCCCUCUCGUCCACGGUCUCCAGCUUCUUGCUUCCGAGGGUUUUUCUCUGAAUGCAGAGAGGACGCAGAAGCAUGUGGUCUGUAUUCAGGUCUCUCCCGAGGUUGGUUUGGGAGUCAGCACCGCUGGGGCCUGGCUGGGGGGUACACAGGGUCCACGCCAACACCCUCCCCCAACAGGUCCCCCCAAUUCUGUUUCCCAGGACACCAAGCAGGACCACGAGCCCCCCUACGAGGUGUCAGUGCAGGAGGAGGUGACCGCCCGCCUGCACUUCGUCAAGUUUGAGAACACCUACAUCGAGGCCUGCCUGGACUUCAUCAAGGACCACCUGGUCAACACGGAGACCACCGUCAUCCAGGCCACGGGGGGCGGUGCCUACAAGUUCAAGGACCUCAUCGAGGAGAAGCUGCGGCUCAAAGUCUCCAAGGAGGACGUGAUGACCUGCCUCAUAAAGGGCUGCAACUUUGUGCUGAAGAACAUCCCACAGGAGGCGUUUGUGUGCCAGAAGGGCUCCGACCCCGAGUUCCGCUUCCAGACCAGUCACCCCGACAUCUUCCCGUACCUCCUGGUCAGCAUCGGCGCCGGCGUCUCCAUCGUGAAGGUGGAGACUGAGGAUGCGUUCGAGUGGGUCGGCGGCAGCUCCAUUGGUGGCGGAACCUUCUGGGGACUUGGGGCCCUGCUGACCAAAACCAAGAAGUUUGAUGAGCUGCUGCAGCUGGCCUCCCGGGGCCAGCACACCACUGUGGACAUGCUGGUGCAGGACAUCUACGGCGGCGCCCACCACACGCUCGGGCUGGGCGGCAACCUCAUCGCCAGCAGCUUCGGAAAGUCCGCCACGGCCGACACAGAGUUCUCCAAAGAGGACAUGGCCAAGAGCCUGCUGCACAUGAUCAGCAACGACAUCGGGCAGCUCGCCUGCCUCUACGCCAGGCUCCACCACCUGGACAGAGUCUACUUCGGGGGCUUCUUCAUCCGGGGCCACCCCGUCACCAUGCGCACCAUCACCUACAGCAUCAACUUCUUCUCCAAGGGGGAAGUCCAGGCUCUGUUCCUGAGGCACGAAGGCUACCUGGGGGCCAUCGGAGCAUUCCUGAAAGGAGCCGAGCAAGACAAUCCCAACCAGUAUAGCUGGGGAGAAAACUACGCGGGCAGCUCCGGCCUGAUGAGCCCGGCCCCCGAGCUCUGCCCGGUGCAGAGGGCAAGGAGCGGCACGUUUGACUUGCUGGAGAUGGACCGGCUGGAGCGGCCGCUGGUGAACCUGCCCCUCCUCCUGGACCCCACCUCCUACGUCCCCGACACCGUGGACCUGACUGACGACGCCCUGGCCCGCAAGUACUGGCUGACGUGCUUCGAGGAGGCGCUCGACGGGGUCGUGAAGCGCGCCGUGGCCAGCCAGCCGGAUGCGGCCGACGCCGCCGAGCGAGCAGAGAAGUUCCGCCAGAAGUACUGGAGCAAGCUGCAGACGCUGAGGCAGCAGCCCUUCGCCUACGGGACCCUGACGGUGCGCAGCCUGCUGGACACCCGGGAGCACUGCCUCAACGAGUUCAGCUUCCCGGACCCCUACUCCAAAGUCAAGCAGAAGGAGAACGGCGCGGCGCUGAAGUGUUUCCAGAGCGUUGUCCGCUCCCUGGACUCACUGCGCUGGGAGGACAGGCAGCUGGCCCUGGUGACAGGGCUCCUAGCGGGCAAUGUCUUCGACUGGGGGGCGAAAGCCGUCUCCGACGUUCUAGAAUCGGAUCCCCAGUUUGGAUUUGAGGAAGCUAAGGGGAAAUUACAAGAGCGCCCCUGGCUCGUGGACUCCUACAACGAGUGGCUUCAGAGGCUGAAGGGGCCCCCUCAUAAAUGUGCCUUAAUUUUCGCAGAUAACAGUGGAAUAGACGUCAUUUUGGGAGUCUUCCCCUUUGUCAGGGAGCUACUCUUUAGAGGGACUGAGGUGAUCCUGGCGUGCAACUCGGGCCCCGCCCUGAAUGACGUGACCCACAGCGAGUCCCUCAUCGUGGCAGAGCGCAUCGCGGCCAUGGACCCCCUCGUCCACUCUGCGCUCCGAGAAGGGCGUCUGCUGCUGGUGCAGACAGGCUCCAGCUCCCCAUGCCUGGACCUCAGCCGCCUGGACCAGGGGCUGGCCGAGCUGGUGCGGGAGCGCGGCGCUGACCUGGUGGUCAUCGAGGGCAUGGGCCGCGCCGUCCACACCAACUACCACGCCGCGCUGCGCUGCGAGAGCCUCAAGCUGGCCGUCGUCAAGAACCCCUGGCUGGCCGACCGGCUCGGCGGCCGCCUCUUCAGCGUCAUCUUCAAGUACGAGGUCCCGGCCGAGUGACGGCGCCGGCCACCCCAGGCCCCAGGGACAGCUGCUCGGCCCCCCGAGCCCGGGUCUCCGUCGUUCCGUCGUGCUCCUGCGCCCCCGGGUGCCCGCGUCGCCCUCAGAAGCAGAGGCCCCUGCUUGCCGGCCGCCAUGCUGUGGGGACGCGGCCCUCACCCCGCACAGCGCUCGUGCUGGCGUGUGCCUGGCUGCUGAAUGGCCUUUUAUAUAUAUAUAUAUAUAUAUAAAAAUACGUGCGUU